AUGCCUCCCAAGUCUGCAGCGCGCGCAGGCACUAUUCGACUCCAGUCCCUUCCACGAUUGAAGGUCAAGAGUCCCAUGAAAUAUGACCAAAACCCAUGUCUUGCUGCCAUGACAGCUGUUCUAAACUGCUGGGGAGCAACAGGUUAUAGCAUCCAAGGAUGCUUAGCAUUGGAACAGCAAUUACGACUAUGUACAGACUCGAACCCUACCAAAGUCAAACGGAAAAACACCGUCAACUACCAUCUUGCCCGAAUGUUCCGUAUGAUUUCACCGCGCAGAAAGAACCAAUAA